ACACCUUAAUUUUCUUCAUUGUUGGUAUUGUGGUAGCCAGAGCAUUUCAACACGUGGGCGUCAACGAUUUUUUCAACAUUGUAGUGCUCUACUUUGCUAUGUACAUCAUAAGACUUGUGACUGUUAUUGCACUGUCACCCUUCCUGGUACGCACUGGCUAUGGCUUCAGCUGGCGGUGGGCAGCAGUCUGUGUCUGGGGCGGGACCAAGGGGGCCUUUUGUCUAAGUCUUACACUCAUGGCUUUUCAGUCAGACGAUUUAGAUGAAGAGCAAGUGAGAGAAAAGAUUUUGGUCCUGUCUUCUGGAAUGGUGGUCCUAACACUUCUUAUCAAUGCAUCAUCGAUGACUUGGUUCCUUAGACUAUUAGGCCUGUAUGAUGUGUCUGUGCCCAGGCGCAUGGCCAUGUAUAGUGCGGUGCAGCGGGUGCGGGAGAGCUCGCAGAACACUUUCAGUUUGUUGAAGAUUGACAGGUUUUUAGCAGAUGCUAACUGGGAAAUGGCAGAGCAGAGAGUCCUCAUAGAGGACCCCUAUAAAACACCCAAUGAAAAGGUUAGCAUUGAAGAGUUCUCUCCCACAGCCAGGAUGACUAAGUGCCCAGACUGUGACAGGGACAUUCCCUAUGCACCAUCACCACAGGAGCUGGAGGACAUGAUGGAGGAGGCUCGCAUGCGCAUCCUGAAGGCUCAGAAGACAAGCUACUGGAAGCAGUACAGCGCUGGAAUGCUGAACCGAGAGGCAGCCAGGACCCUGAUCAAUACAGCUGAGAACAUGACAGACCACAAGGGAAAGUUCAUGAGUGUUCAGGAUGUCAAGAAAUACUGGGAGCUGAAAGGGUUUUUUGUGUCUCUUCGGAGGAGUCUAGAGGACUGGCUGUACAAUGUCAAGCUUGAUAAACUUAAACCAUCAAGGAAUGCGAUGCUCAAGCGGUGCUACCAGGUUGUCUUCAGCCUCCCCUUUGAGUAUUUCAUCUACGCAUUGAUUGUCCUCAACAUCUUCCCCAUCAUCCUGGAGUUCAUCCCAGCGAUCAGUGACAAACAUAACCUAGAACUCAGUAUUAUCAACUACAUUUUCUUCAGCGGCUAUCUUGUGGAGGCUAUACUGAAGGCUUUGGCCAUGAGGAAGGCCUAUAUCUUCAAUCACUGGAACCAGUUUGACCUCUUCAUUAUCGUCUUGGCUUGUGUUGACAUAUUCCUGGACCAUUAUUUAGAAACCACAGCAUAUGUUGUCAAUAUUCACAUGAUAAAAAUUGUGAAGGUGUCUAAAAUGAUCCGCCUUACCAGGGCACUUCGUUUGGUGAAGAUCAUCAUUCCCAAGCUCAUAGAAAUCAUAAACCGGCAGAUCCAUAAGCAGCUCAGCUUUGGGUAUGACAUCGGGAAAGGCUAUGUCAUCGGAGAGGAGCACAUAAGCAAGAUCAUUGACCAUAUCUCUGAUGACAAAAGCAUAUCUAAGAAAUUGAAAAUAAUACUGGAGAGAAACUGCCAGCAGGCUGUCAGGGAGAUUGGCUUGCUGCAGAGAGACCAUCCUGAGAUUGCCAUCUCGGUGAAGACCAGACAGGCCAUACGAGCCGUGCUGAACAGUGAGAGAGACGCCAUCCAUACACUCGUGUCCGGGGGGCUCUUAGAUGACAUAGAAGCAUCAAAGCUGGAGAAGAUGAUUGAAAUAAAAAUGAAGAAAUUGAUCAAAUUUCCACCAACAAUCCCAGCAGCAACAGCAGAGGAGCUUCUGCAGAAUUUGCCUUGGCUGAACAAAGACAGCACCCAGAUUCAGUUCAUCAAGACAGUGGCCAAGCUUCUUUUCUUUGACUUUGGAGACACCAUCAUACAAGAAAAUGAUGACCCUCAAGGAAUACACUUGAUUGUCUCUGGCCUGGUUAAGAUGACUGGAGGAAGCCCAAACCUUGGAGGCAAGAGGCCCAAGGAGAAGACCAGGCUGACAGACUACAGGAGCUGCGGGGCCAUCAUGGGAGAACUCAACUGUCUCACCCAGCAGUCUAUGGAGAUGACGGUCACCUGUGAGACAGCCACUCAGACCUGCUUCAUUGCUAUUGAAUCCCUGUUUGAGGCGUUUGAUGUUUUCCCCGAGUUCCCGUCUCUGGAGUAUAUGAUCUGGCGCUCCCUGGCCGUGAAAAUCAGCACCAGCACCUUCAUGGAGCACAUUAUCUAUCAGGGCUGGAGUUACCACAGGAUUUGUUCUCAUCUGGCCCGGGCCUAUCUGGUAGACGUGGAGGUGAACAGGAAGUUUGACGUGUACGACGGCACCAUGGAGGACGUGGUGGUGAUCUAUGGGAGUUGUGAUGACCUCGCGUCCCAGUGCUCCUACAACGCCCCAGCUCUCAUCAGCAGGACUACUCACCAGGUACUGGGCACAGCAAACACCACCAAACUGUUGAUCGUGCCAAGUGAGCAUUCUGAAAUGAAGCAGACCGUCUCAGAGCUUCCAAGACAGGACAGUGUUCCCUGUCUGAGACAUGCAGCUCAUAGGAGAGCAUCUAGAGAUGAUCGAUCAGGGCUGCUGAGAACAGUAAGUGUGACGUCUAAGGAGGGUUCUCCAAAGAGAAGUUGUUCAUCACUUGACAAGGCCACGUGAUGAUAGGGUAUGACUGUGCAACUGCUGGCCAUACAGGCCCAGACACAACCUGCCAGGCAACCUGAAUCUGUAAAACUUAUAUAAGCAAAAUAUUUGUUUUCAAAUGUAUCAUACUGAUUUAAUAUUAAACAUAUUUAUUU